AUGUCAGGCAACAGUACCAUUUCCGACAUUCUAGAGGAAGCUCGGAACCUGUUUUUCCCUCAAGGAAAAUCAGUAUAUGGAAAUUGGAUGGACAUGGAUUGCGAGUUAGCAAACUUUAAGGGUGAAGUGAAAACAAGCCUAACCUCCCAUGAAGGUAAUGUAAUGGACUUCUCUCUUCAAUCAUACUUCGAACUCCACAAGCUCACUCGUGUCCGCCUGUAUCUGAGGACGCGACAAAGAGGAACAUCAUCCAUCUCAGUUGAGGAGUGGGAACCGGAAGCCGAGUUGGAGACUCUUGGAGUGCUUAAAGGAAGCUCGCUUGAAAGGGCCAAACUGAGAGAGGAACAAGACAGAGAGUAUGCGGAAAGCCUGCGCGCGGACCGCGCGAAAACGGAGCGUAGGGAGCAAGCCCUUAAGGAAGAAUUAAAUAAAGCAAGAAAGGUCGAAAAAAUUCACGCCGCUCGCUUGUCAAGAGUGUUAGACGAACCAACGGUAGAUGAACCGCGUGUGGUUGUUCGUGUCCGCCACAUCGACUUGGGCUUGGUCAAUCGUGCCUUCAAACCCAACCAGAAGAUGGCGGCAGUGUACGAUUGGAUUGGCUCGCUGCAGCUUAUUCCGCUGUACUUCUCGUUAUCCAGCACACCAGGCAAUGUGAUAGACCCGUCUGUGUCUAUAGACUACUCAGCUGACAAACUGUUGUUUAUGGAGCAGAGGGAUGAUCCCAUACCAUUCUCAGCAGAUGACGACGAAGUUUCCUUUAAAGGGUUUGGCGAUAUUGGAGAGAUUGGAAUGACCCCACCAAGUCGUAUUAUGGCAUGGGAUAUUGAUACCGAUGAAGAAGGAUGUUCAGCGUAAGUCCGUAGUUAGGGAUAUUGUAAAAUAAACUCCAUCAAGUUAAGGAUAUGAUAGAGCAUGGCAUGUUGGAAAAUUAACCAUUUUAUUCACCAACCAAAUACAAUUCAAAAACUGCGGACUUUGGGAACAAGAUUGACUUCAGUGUAGGUCAGAAUGAUUCAUGCACCUUUGUAAGUAAAGUGAAAAAGGUUGGCAAAUUUACAUGCUGAUGGGUAUAUACUGACUUUUAAGCAGUGGAAGAAAACCCUUUAAUUUGUCUCACUUUGUCUCACUCCAAUAUCUCAAAGUUUACCAUUCAUGUUAUAAUAAUAAUAAUAAUAAUAAUAAUAAUAAUAAUAAUAAUAAUAAUAAAUAAUAUCACUCCCAUUUGGUGACUGCGAACCUUUCCAUUUACCUUAAUUUGCAGCAGUGACAUUUUGCCGUGGUAUUUUUGUGACCAAGAUGACGACAAAAAGGUCACUGCGGUUUACAUUGCUGUUAUAUUUCAGUGUUGAAGCUUCGUUAUCGGUUUACACCUCUACUCCCGCAUGUUUAGUCAACCAAAAUUUAUUGAAAGUCUCUUAAUUAAGAACACUCUAUGGUAGUUUAGAGGCAAGAGUUUUUGUUGAACUAGCUUGUACUACUAUGCUGUCACACGACAGUUCUUGGUGGGAUGACGCUUAGGAUACUUAUGCAUGCAAUCUACCCAAUUUGUAGGAGCAGAGCGCUACUUGCACAAGGAGAAGCAGAAAGAGGUCAAUGGAAGACAGAGCGCGAAAUUUUCGUCAGUACCACCUCCCAAAGUAUUUGGAAGAAAAGGUCAGGGGAACUUAAGUUUUGACUUUCUUUAUUUUUUGCACUUUUUACAACAUUUACAUCCUAGCUAUAUGACGUUGACAGAAAAUAUAGUACGAUAAAAUUGGGCCAGGGAACAACUGAAAAAUGUACGUGCGCAGUAUUAUAAAAUAAUAGAGGAGUGUCCUUCACAGAAACCGGUUUCAACUACAAAAAUUAAACAAGUAGCUUCGCUUUGCUUUUGACCUUUGCAAGUCUUUUUACUUAACACAAAACGCUCAAUGUAUAUAUAUAUAUAUAUAUAUAUAACUAUAAGUAGAUUUAUGAAGACUUCAUCUGCUAUAAGAGUGCUCAAUGGUAACACCAGAGCUGUAAAUAGAUAAAAGAUGAACUUCUGGAGUCGGACUAGUUCAAAAACAUUUAAUCGCUACUCAAGCUACGCAAGCUAGGUCUCUAAUGUCAACAAGAAAUGUAAUCUCUGCCUGUGGGAGAAAUACUUUAUUAUUUGCAAACCGAAAAUGUCGACACUCAAUCGUAGAAAUGAACUGUCAUCGAUCUGUAGACAUUCUAAGAAAUUUCUUUUAAAUACCGCGAUAACCUAAUAUAGAUUUACCUGUUCGUUAAGCAUUUUAGCCGUCCAAUCAGAAUUCUUACGUCUUUUCAAAUUUGUAUAUCUUUACAUGUGACCGCUAAUGUUGUCAGUCGCCUGAUGAUUGCUUCUUUAGAGGCAUGAAACUCCGAGUAGCGAUUAAAUGUUUUUGAACUAGUCCGACUCCAGAAGUUCAUCUUUUAUCUAUAUAUAUAUAUAUUUGCUAUAUUCUCGCCGUGGGGUAAUCUUCUAUGCGACGUGAUUUGAUUUUUUGGGAAUAUAAACUCCGCCCACUUCAUACAACUGUUGUACACGCAGGAAAGCAAGGAAGCCUUCUCGCUUUAAGAAAAUGACAUAUUACUUUUUUCUUUUUAGACCGACAUUGGAGAUCCAGGUGAUGAGGAGUUGGCGGAGAGCAACAAUGAACCCCUUACCUGCAUGGGAAUUACCAACAAUCAGGGCUCCACUGAUAACGUGGUGGUCAUUGAAGAUGACUCCCCUAGGCCGGCGGUUGCGGACGUUAUACCCCCAAAGGAAUGAUUCAAGUGUGGAAACGGAAGUAAACCACAGCUUAGAAUCACAGCAAACAACUAGCAGGUAAGGUCCUACCUAGGGGCUUGAUUCUAAAUGUAUUUAAUUAAUCAAAGGCUCCUGUGCGCCAACUAAUUCAUGCUGUAAGAGUAUUAUUAAUAGCCUGUACAACAGGCGUUAUUGGGCCGGGGAGCUCAAGUGGAACUUCCGGCGCGCGCGCGAUGCGCGAGACACGCGAGGAGAGGGGAAGAAAGUAGUUAUGGUUAUUGUUUUUCUUUUCGCUUCCCUCGCGUGUCUCGCGCUUCACGCGCUGCCCCAAAACCCACCUGAGUGCUGCCUGUUGUGCAGGCUAUAUUAUUUAGAGUUGAACAAUAGCGGUUACUGCUAGUUAUCUGAUAUCUUAGUACAACCGAACCAUUGACAGCAUAUAACCUUAUCACAAUGUCAUAAAUUAGGUUACGGUAAUGAAAUAACCCUGAAUGUCUCUCUUUUUGUUUUGGUUUCAUUGCAGG